CUAUCCUAAUGAAUAUUAAAUGGGAAAAGCUAUCACUUUUUCAAAGACUUAACACAGUUUCACUAAUAGAAGGCGGUGCAAGUAAAAAGCUUCAGCAAAGGUUACACAAGCUUGGAGUAGCUCUAUCAUACACCUCCCGUUCAUACCUGUUGAAUUUGAUUGGAGGACAUUUUUGUGACAAAGCAGUUAAUGCAGUCAAGGAAAACAAAUCAUUACGUGGUACUGGUGACAAUUGGGAUUUGCGAGUAUUAAAAGGCCACAUGACCAAGGAACUUCAAAAUGAAGAUAUCCAUUUAUUUGCCUCAAAUCUUUACAUUAAUAGAGUAUAUUUUAACCAUUUGUCCAAUGAUACCCCAAUUCGUAAUUUAAAUGAUUGUAAUCGUUGCGUUUUCCUGUUGAAUAGGAAUGAUUUAACAAGGCUGAGAAAUAAUUUCAUGGUUUUAGUUGGCAGAAUUUGCUUUGAAUACCUUCCGAAGUUCAAAUUUUUGAAAAAGGUAAUACCUAAACACAUCCAACAUGAAUUUUCAUAUGAAAUGGCAAAAAGUUCAGUUAUCAUCAGUUUACCAAUUAUUGAUGCUAAUGAAGUGAAAUAUGAUGAUUGUGUGAAAAUCCUCAGAACAUAUGAAAAUUGGAUUUUUGAGAUCUACAAAAAAAGUGGCAGAAUAAACGAAAGGGAGGUUGAAAAUCCUAUUUUUCCUAAAGACGAUGCAUCUAGACCUGAUCAACCUGGAGCACAUUUUCAGUCAAGUGAAGAUGAUCCUAUGCGAGAAAUGAAAAUUCCUUUUGCGGGAGAUCAAUUGACCCGUGUAAGGUUUGCUGGUGCUAAGGAUCUACUUGCAGAUGCACAUACACCAACUGACAGGUUUGAGCACUGCUCUCCGUUCAAACCAGUGAUGUGGCACUGUAAAGCAUCUUUUCUACAGGGAUGUUAUGGUAUGUUAUACGACAGCACUUCAUUUAAUCAACAAGGCACAUUAAAAUUCUUCAGAGAGAAAUAUAACCGUCGAAAUGUAACUCCAACAAAAGUCUUAGAUUCGUACGAUGGUUGCGAAGAAUUAUUAAUAAGUGUUGGAAAAGCAUAUAUUGUUGUAGGGUUGAUGAAACACUUUGGAAUGGCCAGCCUUGAUAGUUACCCUACAUUGAAUAAAUUUAAUUCAAAUAUGUGUCACAAAGAAACAACUGAAAUACAGAGCUACUACAAUGAAUCCAUUGGAUCUUUUGUUGACAAUUACAUUUUUCAGAAGGGGCAAUCUCCUGAACCAGGUGAAGAUGAAGAUUAUAUAAAAAAUUAUGCAUUGUUGGUGUCAUAUCUAACCAUGAUUCUACUGCAACUGAAAGAUACAGCAGCGGAAGGUGAUGGUGAAAAAAAUUUGACCAAUCAAAAAUUGCUUAUGCCCAUAUUCAAGUCAUUUAAUACACACAGCAAGUAUGCAUUGGAGAUGUUUGUGUCCAUAGCACAAAUAGAGUGCCUAUCAACACCACGUUUGUCUGCACAACUCAAGUGGGGCUUUUUUUGUAACUGGACGGGUGGUAUGGGUCGAAAUAUUGAAGAUGAUUUAGCUCAAGAGAUUUCCAACAACAUUAGUAAGAAUGUAGUAAAAAGAUUAGGUGCAAACAAAUCCUUAACAUCUAUCAGCACAAUUUGCAAAGCAACAACAGGAAUCAAGGCACUUCUAGAAAACCUUGACAAAGUUCUAAAUGUACCAAAAAACAGUUCAAGACACACAACCGCAAGCCCUUAUGAGGAUGAAUUACAAAUGAUCAAUGAUCUACUACAAUUAGAUCCAUUUGAAUAUACACCUGGAAGCUUUCAUCCAUCAUUUAGAAAUAUAAAAAGAAGCCCUCAGUUAUACCUUGACACUAAUCAUUUCCAUCAAUGGCUUACAAAGCAUAAAAAGCAAGUUUCUGGAAUGUAAAAAAUGUAUAUAUAUCUCACACACAGGUUCUUUCAAGAGUGAAGAAUCACAAUUGCUACAGCAUUGAUCCUGGGGUUGAUAAUGAUAUCCAAAGUGAAUCAUCAAUACUUUACGAAGGCAUUGUGUCGUAGUACAAAAAUUUACCAUAUGUUCA